AUGUGGGCACCAUGCCUCCAGAUCGGUAUAGCCCUGCCUGUGGGCCUGCAGCUACGUGCUGUCCUCCUUGUCCUCACUUCUCCCACGACCUUCGCCUAUGACCCAUCCGACCUACCUAUGCAGCAAGACAGCGCCCAUCACAAUCAUCCUGAGUCGGUGGAGGAUCAGGUGGCCGUCUUGGAAGCGAUGAGGGAAGACUGUGAGGUCAAGAUGAUGGAAGAGAGACGGUUGUUGAGACAGUUGAGAAUCGAAGCGAGCGUAAGAAUCACUGGAGACGACGUCGAGGGAGUCGCUUACGACGAAAGGGAUGAAUAUAUGACAGUCGAGAGCGCCAAGUACAGAACGAUGAGCUCGAUCGACCGGGCAGAAAACGAGAGCAAGGAUGAAGGCAGCCAAGAGAGAGAACUUGGGAGUCAGGUUAUUAAAGAAAGUGGGAAUCCGAGAUUGAUAGAGAAUGGGUCCACUAUUGCCUACUGUCCGACGACCUUUGACGAUGUGUACUGUUGGCCCCGCACGCCUCAAGACACACUGGUUACUAUUCCGUGUCCUACCUACGUGCAAGGCUUCCCUCAUGGGAGUCAGGCGACCAGGUACUGUACUUCACAGGGGACGUGGUUCCGUCUACAUGGAGGGAACAGUUCCUGGACCAACUACACACAGUGCUCCACCUCCUACUUCGUGGCUGAGAAUGUCAACAUUACACUUUUUAAGUGGGUGCCAGUGGUGCGGGUAGUGUCCUACGUGGGCUACAGCGUGUCCUUAGCUACUCUCAUUGUAGCUUUCACAGUCCUCGCCUGCAUCAAACGCCUCCGAUGUCCUAGGAAUACCCUACACAUGCAUCUCUUCCUCUCCUUCAUCUGCCGGGCCAUUGGUGCCCUCGCCAGGGACAAGCAGCACGGUCUUCUCAUCCCUGAGUCACAGGAACCAUUCAUGGAUAGAAGUACCUGGGGGUGUCGACUGUUCACGGGGCUGUGGCAGUACUUCAUCCUGGCUAACUACGCCUGGAUACUGAUGGAAGGACUCUACCUACACAACCUCAUCUUCCUCGCUCUCUUCACCGACAACUCGGCCAUCACCCUCUACAUUGUUCUUGGCUGGGGUCUGCCGCUGGUGCUGGUGGUGGGCUGGGUCACGGCCAGGCUCACGGCGGAGAACACGCUCUGUUGGCUUACUAACGAGAGUCCCUGGGUCUUCUGGACCUUCAUCAGGGGACCCAUUUCUGUUUCCAUUGUGGUUAGUUUCGUGCUGUUUCUGAACAUCGCCAGGGAGCUGCUGCUGAAACUUAAGUCGUCGACCACCCCCGAGAGUCGCAAGUAUAGAUACAGGCGAUGGGCGAGGUCGACCCUGGUGCUGGUGCCUCUCUUCGGGGUUCACUACGCUGCUCUCCUCGGCUUCACCUACUUCAUGGGCAAAAACCACACCAUGGAACUCAUCUGGCUCUUCACCGACCAGUUCUUCGCUUCCUUCCAGGGCUUUUUCGUUGCAACUUUAUAUUGCUUGCUGAACGCCGAAGUGAGAUCGGAACUGCGCAAGAUCUGGCAUCACUGGUGGAUGAACAAAGAAGGAGAGAACAUAAGCUUCCACUCUGCUUUCUCACACUCGAGAACAUACUUCAGCCGAGGAGUGCAUGGAACGGGUCCAGGAGGAGGGCGCAGGAGACAUGGGAGCUACACAGGGAGAGGGAUGCCUCCAAGCUUCCUAUCUGGCUCCAAGGUGAACGGCUCCACUUCCCAGGAGAACUGCCUCUCACUCCAGGAUAAGAGCGUCUCCAACGACGUCGCUAACCAGCCGCAGUCAGUGAUGGUGAACCUCGCGGUUGUGGAGGUACAGCAGCCCAGCGACCCUCCAACCCUUCCCUGGUAUGCAACUACUGACUUAGGCAGCCUGGACCCCGCUCUGGUACUCCACCCCUUGUCUCACUACCCCUCGCAAGAUACGGCCAUAUACGCCGAAAGCAGCAAACAGGAUUCCACCCCAUCUGUUCAAGGGUUUCAUGUGAACUUGGCUUCGAAAUCGGUAUUGGGGGAGUUGUCUCCUCCCUCAGCUAUCCUUUACGAUAACAUUGAUUCGUGCGAGGGGUCGCCUCUACUCGCUAAAGCUUCUCGCCUUGCUGAGAGUACAUUCUGAGAGUCACACUGGAUACUCUGAAGGUUUUCUAUGUGUAUUUUGUUCACUAUUUUCUACCACAGACGUUGCCAUACGUUUACAAUGCUGACCAGCAUAUAUACAUUUCAUUCUUUCUUUCGUGGACAGGGUUAGAGAUCUGUUACACAUAUAGUUCACCGAUUUAUAAGGUCUAUUUUUCACUAGGUCGUGCAUCAGUUUCAGAGGCGAGGUGGAACCAGUUAAUAUAGAUUAGUGCUCUCGAACAGUGAUACUGAACACUACUGGACUCUAUAACAGUGAUAUUGAACACUACUGGACUCUAUAACAGUGAUAUUGAACACUACUGGACUCUAUCAGACAUUCCCUUGAAUCUUCCCAGGAAACAAUUUUCACAGGAGACAAACAACACUUUCUGAACGUUAGGAUGAGUACAAACAACACUUUUAACCGCCAUAAUAAUCACAAAUAACGCUUCCUGAACGCCAGGAUAAACACAAUAAUACUUUUUGGAGGCCGGGAUAACAGGAUAACUCCGCCUUAUAUUUUUGCUGCUAGAACUGACCAAGUCCUACUUAUAUAUCCAGAAAUUUAAAUAAUGCGAUCUUUCUCACUUAAAAUGGAUUAUUUAGAUGUUCUGAAUAUUAAUACACUUUUUUUUAACCAGAGUUAAAACUCUCUCCAAUUUAUUUUAACCAGAAUUGAAACUCUUUCCAGUUUAAUCUAACCAAAAUUAAAAUGGUUUCCAGUUAACUCUAACCAGAAUAAAAAUUGUAUCCAGCAUUUUUCUGGCAUUGGCUUGUCAAGUUUUCCAAGAAUUUUAUCCCAUUCGUAAUUAAAGUUUUGCAAUCUAGAGUUCGAAUUCAGAGAAGACUUUUAUCUCUAAUUUGGUGCUGCAAGGUAUUCAAGACUCCCAAAGCAUUAUACACUCUAAUCAGAACAUUUGUAGCUAUGAUACGAAGCGUUAGUGAGAACACCAAGUUGCAAGGUGACUAAGUUGAGUACAGUUGCGGAACGACUAAGUUGAAGACCAUUAAGUACGGUUACGAGCCAACUAGCCAGGUGCUCAAUUUCGUAUCCCGGCACCGAAUUUGCUUCAGUCUCAAUCUCACUUAUAAGUAUGUAACUUCUUAGGGUGCGUGUAGCUCUAUCUGUAAGUCCUCUUGCGGAUAUAUUUCUAACUAUGAAAAAUAUUUCCAAUCUUACUUGAUCUAUCCACUAAGGAAGACAGUGCCCUCUCUGAUCUAUCUAUUACUGACGACAGUGCCCUCUCUGAUCUAUCCAUUACUGAAGACAGUGCCCUCUCUGAUCUAUCCAUUACUGAAGACAGUGCCCUCUCUGAUCUAUCCAUUACUGAAGACAGUGCCCUCUCUGAUCUAUCCAUUACUGAAGACAGUGCCCUCUCUGAUCUAUCCAUUACUGAAGACAGUGCCCUCUCUGAACUAUCCAUUACUGAAGACAGUGCCCUCUCUGAUCUAUCCAUUACUGAAGGCAGUGCCUUCUCCGAUCUAUCCACGACUGAAACCACUUACCGCUUAGAAGAUUCAUCUUCUUUGUCAAUGUCUUUAACGCCCUUACAUGACAUAUAAUAUAUCUAAGUGUAUUAAAAGCACGUAGCUAUCAUACAGGCAGGGACAAGAUCUCACCACUACACAUUACAUGAACCAAUCCAUCUCUCUCAACAGCUAUCAUUUUUACCAUUUCGUUUAGCCAGCAGAUAAUUAAUCAUCAUCUCACGAGGUAAACAAUUGGAACUCAUUACCGUGUAAACAUCAAACAACGCAUGUGUUAAAGCGAAAGCUCAAGAGUUAUAUUCUUGUUUACAACAAAUGAUUAAUCAGUGAGGAAUUCAUUUUUAUGUUUUUUGUAUUAUUUACAUAUUCUUUAAAUGCGAGACGACUCUAUGUUCAACACUAAAAGAUCUCACAUCAUUAUGAAGCAGGAUUUGAGAUCUGUCUUAGCAAGAACAUUGAGAGUAGAUGCUCCUGUAUUUUAUGCAGUGAACCUUUGUACUGUUUCUAAAAUACAUGCCCCAAUUUAUGAAUAAAUUCUCAAGAUUAUUAUUUAUUUGGAUUAACAAUUUUAUGCUUUGUCGUAGGUACUUCGAGGAAUUCAUAUAUUUUUUUGUGAUUGCAGUUUUCAUAAAAAAAAAUUGUGAUAUAGUAUGUUUAAAUAGUGGAAAAACGCAAACUUGUCUUCAGUUGGAAAGAAAAAAAAUCGCACAUGAGUCCUCAUACUCACACAUCCACAUACGCCCUCAUACCUAUACGUCCACAUACUACACAACAUCCACAUAUCCAUAUACCCCCUAAAACAUUCGUUCUUACACACACACAAGUACAUAUACGGCCCUCAUACCUCUACUUCCACAUACGCUCCCACACGUCCACAUAAAAAGGCCUCAUAUCCACUUGUCCACAUACGCCCUUACUCUUAUACGUCCCCACAACCACACGCCCACAUACUCUCACAAAGCACCAACAUACUCUUUAACACCCACAAAGCCACAAAUACCCUCAAAUUCAGACGACCGUAUUCGCUCUCACAACCGCACAUCUACAUAUGCCCCCAGGAUCACAUAUGUCCUUCCAUCCAUAUUACCGCUGGCUCACAUAUGCACACACGGCAACUCAGAGGCCUGUUUGGGAGACUUCCCUCUGAAUUC